AGAGGACAACAACUUCUCUCCUUUGUUUCAAAUAUGGGGAAAAUGGCCUCUCUAUUUGCAACUCUUUUUGUGGUUUUAGUUUCACUUAGCUUAGCUUCUGAAAGCUCAGCAAAUUAUCAAUACUCAUCUCCACCACCACCUAAGAAGCCAUACCACCCUUCACCAACACCUUAUCAUCCUGCACCAGUUUAUAAAUCUCCACCACCACCAACUCCAGUUUACAAGUCACCACCACCACCCAAGAAACCACACUACCCACCACACACCCCAGUUUAUAAGUCGCCACCACCACCAACUCCAGUUUACAAGUCACCACCACCACCCAAGGAGCCACACUACCCACCACACACGCCUGUUACACCGCCAACUCCAGUUUACAAGUCACCACCACCACCCAAGGAGCCACACUACCCACCACACACGCCUGUUACACCGCCAACUCCAGUUUACAACUCACCUCCACCACCCAAGGAGCCGCACUACCCACCACACACGCCUGUUACACCGCCAACUCCAGUUUACAACUCACCUCCACCACCCAAGGAGCCGCACUACCCACCACACACCCCUGUUACACCGCCAACUCCAGUUUACAACUCACCUCCACCACACAAGAAGCCACACUACCCACCACACACCCCUGUAACACCGCCAACUCCAGUUUACAACUCACCUCCACCACACAAGAAGCCGCACUACUCACCUCCACCACACAAGAAGCCGCACUACUCACCUCCACCACACAAGAAGCCGCACUACCCACCACACACCCCUGUAACACCGCCAACUCCAGUUUACAACUCACCUCCACCACCUAAGGAGCCGCACUACCCACCACACACCCCUGUUUACAAGUCGCCACCACCGCCAACUCCAGUUUACAACUCACCGCCACCACCCAAGGAGCCGCAUUACCCACCACACACCCCUGUUUACAAGUCCCCACCACCACCCAAGGAGCCACACUACCCACCACACACCCCAGUUUACAAGUCACCACCACCACCCACAAAGCCACACUACCCACCAUACACCCCAGUUUACAAGUCACCACCACCACCUACUCCAGUUUACAAGUCCCCACCAUCACCCACAAAGCCACACUACCCACCACACACCCCAGUGUACAAGUCACCACCACCACCAGUGAAGCCAUACCAUCCUUCACCAACACCAUACCAUCCUGCACCAGUAUAUAAGUCUCCACCACCACCUACUCCAGUCUACAAGUCUCAUCCACCACCCCACUAUCUUUACACUUCUCCUCCUCCUCCCUACCAUUACUAGGAGAAGACUUCAUUCUUCAUUAAGUUUGAGGACAAGCAGAAUGGUCAGCCAAGAGAAAUGCAUUUUCAUUUUCGAGAGACAAUGAAAAUGUCGCACGAAAAGGAAGAAGACAAAAGAUUAAACAAUAAGCCCCACAGAUGGCGAAGUUCUUUUGUAGCUUCAUGUUUUCUAAGUUAGUGAUAUAUUUGUACCCAAUAUUUAUAUUUUCCUUCUAUGUCUUUGUGUGUGUUUGCUCAGUUUCGAUCUCCUUGCAAAAUGCAGAGAUUAUGAGAUGAAUAAAAUAAGUUAUUAUUAUA